UACCUUUGGCCUGAUGAGUGUGCAUGUUGCUGCGAGAUCCACUACUCUCUGAUGAUCCCUAGUGUCUGUCGGUCUGCUUGUGCGUGCCUCCUCGGUGCAUAAUAAUUAUAUUGUGUAAUUCGAGGCUCAACAGUUAUCGUCAGACGGCGACUGACAAAGUGACUUUAAACUAGUGGUACACAGAAGAUCAACGUUGUCAAUAGUCUACAAACAUAUAUAGCCACAUGGACGAGCAGAGCAGCAACAAGGCGGUGCCCGAGGCCUCGGCGGAUGAAGUCCAGCUCAAGAUGGACCAAACACCUGCGGACCAACAGCAUCCUGCCAGUCAUUCAGGUUUGCAGUCUGAAAUACGCCAAGGUCGUCUAUCGUGGAUUGAUCUGACCGCUCGCAGACUUUCGGAGAGACUCGAAAGAGCAGAUGGCAGAGGAACGUGGCUGAAGAUAAGGUACCUGGUGGUGUUUUGCUGUUUCCUGGCAAACGCCGUCGGCUACUUGAUGCGUGUCAAUUUGUCGGUGGCCAUCGUGGCCAUGACUGUGGAGAACAGCACUGGCGUCGAGGGUCCCGAAAAUGUCCCCCACUAUGACUGGGAUGAGACUGUGCGUGGGACGAUCCUAAGUUCCUUUUUCUGGGGAUACAUCGUGACCCAGGUGCCCUCAGGGUACAUCGCUUCCAGGUUCAGCGCCACCAAACUGCUUUUCUUCAUGAUGCUCGCUGGCACGGCGGCCACUUUGCUCUUCCCGACGGCCGCCGAAUGGGGCUGGGAGUGGGCCUGCGUGGCCAGGGUCAUCCUCGGACUCGCUCAGGGCAGCCUGCUUCCGUGCACCCACGCCCUUUUGGCCAAAUGGUCACCACCCAGCGAGAGAGGAAGAAUGUCUGUUUACGCGUACACAGGUCAGCCCUUCGGCACCGUGGUCGCCAUGUCCUGUUCAGGCCUGAUCGCAGCCUCGGCCGGUUGGCCGUGGGUUUUCUACGCGACCGGGGCGAUCGGCCUGUUCGCGUCGGCCCUCUGGAUCCUGCUGGCCGCCGACUCGCCGGCCACGCACAAACUCACGUCGCAGGACGAGCGCAGCUACAUCGAGUCAAGCAUCGGAAUCAAACCCAUCACUGACAGCUCACAGAGACUACGAACGCCUUGGAAGGCGAUAUUAACUUCGGUGCCAAUGUGGGCGCUCAUAGUGGUCCACUGUGCCCAAAACUGGGGCUUCUGGACUCUGCUGACCGAAAUUCCCUCCUACAUGGACGGUGUUCUCGGCUUCAACCUGAAAGCGAACGGUCUGUUGUCGGCGCUACCUUAUUUGGGCCUGUGGGCCUUUGGUCUCAUCAUUAGCUGGGUGUCCGACACGCUUUUGAAGAAAAACUGUUACAGCAUCGGUACUUCCAGGAAAAUAGGCAACAGUAUUGCUCAUUACGGCGGAGCGGUAGGGCUGGUUGCAUUGGGCUUUAUGAGCGCCUCCCAAGCAGGCGCGGUGGGCGUUUUGAUCGUCGCUGUUUCCCUCAAUGCAGGAACCAUGGUCGGAUACCAGGUCAACCACAUAGAUUUGUCUCCGAACUUUGCCAGCACAAUGAUGGGCAUCACAAAUUGCCUGGGCAACUUCAUGAGCAUCCUCGGACCCCUGGUGGUCGGCUUCAUUGUCACCGACAAGCACGACGCUGAGCAAUGGCGCAUCGUGUGGCUCAUUUCGGCCGCGAUUUACGUCGUGGGCAACUCGGUGUUCGUCAUUUUCGGCUCUGGGGAAACGCAGCCGUGGAACAGCGCUGAUUAUCUGCAGGCCAAAGCCGCUUCCGUUCAAGACUCGAGCAGUGAUCGAUCUUCGUCGCCGCAGCCGACAGAGAAAUUGUAAUUUGCCAAAUGGCACUCGCGAAAAGACUGAAAAUUGAAUAGGCAUACGCUCGGCAAGAUUAAAGAAGAUAUUAUUCAACUCACUGCACCAUUCCAUGAUUGUACUUACUACUUCUUGUAAUCUUUAUCCUUUCCUGCAUUAUAAAAAAGUAUGAGGUGCAUUCAUAAAAUUGAGUAUGAUUUAAAAUUUGAUUUUAUGUUUUAUUAAAACAAUGUUUGUGUUGAUUUAAAACAUUUAACUUAAAUUUUUAUUUAAUUAAUGAGAAAAAAAUAGUUUUUAAAUCAUGGCUAAUCACAAUUUUUCUCUACAAUGAGCACUGUGAGAAAAAAUAUUCAUUAAUUAAUUCUAGCAUCUGCCCCAGUAUCACAUUUUUAUAAAAUGUAGGUCAUAUCUAUUUAUGCCAAUAAAAGUUUAUUUUAAAGAAUCAAACACAAAUUAUUCAUUUU